GCGGUAGAGCGGAGCGAAGCGCACGCUGAAGGUCCGGCGGCUGGGGCGGCUGUGUCGAGUGUGACCUCUCGGCUUGGAAAGCGCGACGCGGGACCCUAGGGUGGGAUUCACACGCUUCCUCCAGAAUGCCAGGUCUGAGUUGUAGGUUUUAUCAGCACAAGUUUCCAGAGGUGGAAGAUGUGGUGAUGGUGAACGUCAGAUCCAUUGCUGAGAUGGGGGCUUAUGUGAGCUUGCUGGAGUACAACAACAUUGAAGGCAUGAUUCUCCUUAGUGAAUUAUCCAGAAGGCGGAUCCGCUCCAUCAACAAACUCAUCCGAAUCGGCAGGAAUGAAUGCGUGGUUGUCAUUAGAGUGGACAAAGAGAAAGGAUAUAUUGAUUUAUCUAAAAGAAGAGUUUCUCCAGAGGAGGCAAUUAAAUGUGAAGACAAAUUCACAAAAUCUAAAACUGUGUAUAGCAUUCUUCGGCACGUGGCUGAGGUGUUAGAAUACACCAAGGAUGAGCAGCUGGAAAGCCUGUUCCAGAGAACUGCGUGGGUCUUCGACGAUAAGUACAAGAGACCUGGAUAUGGUGCCUACGAUGCCUUUAAACACGCAGUGUCAGACCCAUCUAUCUUGGAUAGUUUAGAUUUGAACGAAGAUGAGCGGGAAGUACUCAUUAAUAAUAUUAAUAGGCGCUUGACUCCACAAGCUGUGAAAAUUCGAGCAGACAUUGAAGUGGCCUGUUAUGGUUACGAAGGCAUUGAUGCUGUAAAAGAAGCCCUGCGAGCAGGUUUGAAUUGUUCUACGGAAACCAUGCCCAUCAAAAUUAAUCUAAUAGCCCCUCCUCGAUAUGUGAUGACUACAACAACCCUGGAGAGAACAGAAGGUCUAUCUGUGCUGAACCAAGCCAUGGCUGUGAUCAAGGAGAAGAUUGAGGAGAAGAGGGGGGUGUUUAAUGUUCAGAUGGAGCCCAAGGUGGUGACAGAUACCGAUGAAACUGAACUUGCAAGGCAGCUGGAGAGGUUGGAGAGAGAAAACGCGGAAGUAGAUGGAGAUGAUGAUGCCGAGGAGAUGGAAGCCAAGGCUGAAGACUAGCUCUGUGGAGACGGCCAGCGCGGGAACACACGAGCCCUUCCUGGCUGGAACCCAAGACUUGAAAGUUUUCCAGUAUUGAAAACUUCACAGCUGAAUUUUUUAUUUCCAAGUAUUUAAAUUUUUCAACAGGCCAGAACAUGAAAUGCCCUCCUACAUGCCUGCUGUUCUCACACAGUGCCUCCAACAAAUUUAGCGUUUUUAAGGGAGUGGCCUAAUUUCACUAGAGACAAACCUUUCAGCUGAGAACUGUCCUAAAAUUGGGCUUAUACUUUCCACUUCUGAUGUCUCCAAAUCAGCACCCUUUGUCCCUCGGUGCCUCCAUGUAAUUAUUGGGGGAAUUGAGAACAAACAGUAACAAUUCCAGUCUUUCUAUAUAAAAUGUAUUCGAGCAAACAUGAAAUAAAUUUCUGGGAUAUUUAA